AUGGAAAAAAUGAAUAUAAAUCAGAAACAGCAAAGUGUAUCAGCCGAAGUGCAAAAGAUAAAUCCUUCAAUAGCGCAAGAAAGACAUUCGGUGAAGAUUCUGGAUGGUGAACUAUUUUCCUACCAGUUAUCCACAAAAUGCACUAAAGAAAUGCAAAUUAGGACAAGAUUAUGUGUGCAACCGUUGAUGCUUAGAUGGAACAAAAUGCGACAGCAAAGACCGAUGUUAAAAAAUGUGUCAUUCCCUAUGUAUAAGUAUACUCGACAAGAAUUGCUAGAACUUUGUGACGGUUAUGCAAAUAUGUUUUUAUGUGCUGGCUUUGAAUCGAUCACGAUUUGCCUUAACGAUGAAAUGGUUCGAUUUGCCCGAGAUCAUUUCGGAUACAUUUGUACAUCUCAAAAUAUUAAACGUUUCAUGGAACAUUAUGAAUGUAUUGUGGAAGUUGCUACCACUUAUAAUGAAAGAUGCCAGAUGUUUAUUACUGGUGUAGCAGAACCAGGAAAAGAUCUAAAGAAAUGCCGUGGCAUCCGGCAAUAUUACGACUGCAUGAAACCUGAGAUUAUAUGGAAGUGUCAGAGUGAAGCAUUAAAAGAAUUCGAAACAUCAGUAAUCGAAUAUGGUUGCGAUUUGGGUCUUAACGAAUCUCUAUGGUCAUAA